AUGUCCUCGCGGCCCGAAGAUGAUACUUCUUCGCCCGGCUCGGCACGCCAAGGUGGCUUCGCCAACGUCUUUCGUACCUUGACCAGCUCCAAAAGCACCGAUCGAUCCCCCCAGUUCCUAUCCCCGGCCGCCGCUCCGCCGAGAACCGAGUUUGUCAAUGCCAGCCCAACGAGUUCUCGUGAGCUCUCCACCAACCACAUGGAUGCCCUGGAGCUCCUCCGAAGCGGCACUCCCAACGAACGGAUAUCCGCCGCCGGCACUCUCAAAUAUGCCAUUUCCGAGUACCGUGUGAACCCGGUUCUCGACAUAUGGUAUGCCGCCAAGGACAUGAUUGACUCCUCUAGUUCAGCGCCCAUGCGGACGGCUGGCUGGGAACUCUUGACAGAGUGUGCCAAGCACCCCUCAUCUACCGAUCUGGAGCGCAAGGAGUACUUCCAAACCCUGUCUUCACCAGCGAGUCCGGAAGAUUUCCAUCUUCAACUUGCGGCACUCGUCGACCUGACCAACCACGGCCGAGUCGUUGCUGGCUUCGACUACGACCUCGUCCCGCUCUUGACUAGCUGGGUUCAGACGGCAUAUAGGGCGGCCCGGAGAGCACGGAGACAAGCGCAAUCGAAUCGGGGUCAGAGGAGCUCGUCUAGGGGCCGAGUGGCCGCGUCCGGCGAGGAGAAGAAUCUGGCACAGCUCUUCCAGUUCUUCCACGACGUUAUCAAAUUCAGCUUCAACAACGCAAAUGAAAGCUCUGUCACGGAGCUCAUUGAGAGCCUUCUGGCCAUCUGCAUGAACACCAGCGUCGAGGAUGACCUCCGGAGCUGCAUCGGCAUGCUUGAUGCCGUUGUAACCUUUGGGUCGAUUCCUCAAAACAGGCUCAAGAAUUGCGUCCAGGUGCUUUCUUCCAUCUACUGUCUGGUGCCGGCGCUGCAGAAGAACUCGUGGCACACCAUUGCCAAUCUUUGCAAAUCUCACAAUGGCCAAGUUGUCGUCCGCAUCGUGCUCGACAUUCUCCGUAACCGUCCCGCAGACGGAGUCAAGGAUGGAGAGACGAGCAGAGAGAUCAAGGGUGCUCUCGCAGUUCUUCAGAAACUCAUGUCCAAAUCUACGGACAAGGGCUACCCCACUGUCCCGUACGCACCCCUCGUCGACGGGCUGUCCAACGCUCUCAGGGCAACGCCGUCGCCCAGAGUGUACUUGUCCGUUCUUCAACUCGUGAACUUGUUAUUUGACGAUGGGCGCGGGCGAGUCCAUCGCCUGAUUGUCGAUGAAGACUGGUCGGUGUGUUUGGAGGUGGCGGCUGAAUGCGGCAAGAGGGUAAAUAGCGAUAUGGAGAGGAGACGUGACAGUUUCACCAAAGACGAGCUGCCAGAGGUCAUGGUGGACCGAGAGCUUCUUACACUCAUUAACCGCCUCGAUGCCAUUGUCAAGCAAAGGUCGGGCGAGUUUGUUCCUCGAGAAUCCAUCAUCAGAUUCUUCACCGACGAGUUUCGAUGCUGCUCACCAUCUGACCUUCGAUGGGAGGAGAACCUCACUCUGGUGCUGGAAGCCUUCUUCAGCAACCGCAAGCGAAGCUCGGAAACACGCCUUCGGGCGUUGCAGACUACCAUGGACGCAUACGAAAUCGUCGACCUCGUCGGUGACGGAGCAGAGCAGAACCUCAUUCCCCGCCUGGCCAAGAGCAUUCUCCAAAACGUUGCCGAGGAGAUGGAUGUGCCGGUGCUGGAAGCCAUCAUGUCCCUCAUGAUCUCUGUCGUCACGUCUUGUGACAUGGAGCUAUUCGACUACAUCAUCAACACGCUCAGGGGCAUUGUGGUCAACGAUCGGCUCAAGUCGCCCAUAUCAUCUCCGGCCACAUCCGCCAUCAUGUCACCCGGCGGCCCUGGCCCCUCCAACUCCUCCGUGGACCAAUCGCCGUCAAACGUCGUGACCAAAGGUUACGUCAAGAUGUUUCUCCAGGUCAUCAACAGUCAUGGUGAAAAGAGCGCGCGGCUCCUCAGCGCGCUCGUCAGCAUCGCCAAGCCAAGCCAUUGCGAAGUCGAUGCCCGGCUCACAGCCAUGAAACUGUUAUUCCGGCUCCGUGCAGACUGGGCUAACAGAGUCUUCGUCACGGACGAUCCUGACAACAGCUUUCUUGCGACUACCCUGUGUCGUACAGGCGCAUCUUUUGCCAAGAAGCAAGCGGAGGAGGCUGCCCAGACGUUUCGGCUGUCGAAAAGCGAACACGGAGGUCAGUCGCGUUCGUCACGCGGCAUCUCUUUUGGUCAGGGGCCCUCCCACGAGAGAGGCAUCCCCGUUCGCACCCCAAGCGGCACCAAGAGCGUGCAGCAGAGAUAUCGCCAGAUGUGGAGCUGCUCGGACGCAGAAGCUUUGCCAGAUGCGAUUCCCGCGCUCAUCAGCCCUAUUCUAGUCUCCCACGUAUCCCACGAACAAGGAGCGGCCAAUGACGAGCCAAGCUCCAAGAGCCCUGAAGCUUCAGAGAGCUCCGCCCUAAAUAUGUCGGCCUGGCUCAACGCAGUCUUGUCAAUCCUUCAAGGGAGCGACUGGGAGGUGUAUAGUUUCGUCUUGGUUCAUCUUCCAUCGCAGCUAAGCAACCACGCCAUCUUCAGAGAUGCCAUCCCCCAGAUCCAGGAACUGCGCAGGAUCAUUUGCGAACAAAUUCGGACCAACGGCUUCCAGGAGCCGCCAAACGCCUCGGGACUCCGCCGCGCAGACGUGGCCAUCUGUCUCUUCCAUAGCUUGACUAUGAUUCUAAGCUACCACGAACACUUCUCCAAGAGUGACGAGGACGAAAUCGUCAAGAUAUUUGUUCUUGGCAUCGCCGCAUGGGAGCGGACAGCCAAAUACUGCAUUCACGCCUUGUCCAUAUGCUGCCACGAGCUGCCUUUGUCCACGAGCAAGUCUCUGAUUCAGAUGCUUAACCAGAUGGCAGCAAUCAUCACGCAGCCUCACGUCUCGGUCCACAUCCUAGAGUUCCUUGCCUCGUUGAGCCGACUACACGAUGUCUUUGUCAAUUUUCGAGAGGACGACUUUCGAAUUGUGUUUGGCAUUUGCUUCCGCUACCUCGAGUACGCCAAAGAGAAGAGGCAGUCGAAUCGCAGCAGCCACGUCAGCGAAGUCUCGACGGCGGCGACGACGCCGGGCUCAAACCCUGCGGAGCCAUCUGGCACGAACCCGUCCGACGAUCUUCCGCAAUACGUCCACGCGCUGGCAUACCACGUCAUACUGUUCUGGUUCCUCGCUCUGAAACUCCAAGAUAGAGCCAACCACGUGGGAUGGAUUGUCAAGAAGCUUUUCUCGGACGGCGACAGUUGCGGACAAACCGCGGACGACCAGACGCUCACAUCCAUUGACUUUAUGCAAAGGGUCACGUACGCUGACGUGGCUGAAUCGGCCGAGGACCCCUACUUUACUGAGGAUCGAUUCGGCACCAUCGGCAAGAAGCAGUGGCUCCUGGGCAACAGCCUCAUUACGGUUAAGCAAGCCACGGGCUCCGGGUGGGCUCAAAUCGUCAAGAGACAGCCUUCGGGGACUUCUGCGUAUACCAUCCGCGAGACAUUCACGCCGCCCCCGCCUCACCAGACGGAGGCCUAUGUUGACGUCAGCCGCGAGGGCCAGGAGACGUCGAACGCUGUUUUGCCCAGCCACCUACUCGUUCAGCUCAUGUCUCCGGUGCCGCAGACGUUUGAGUCGGCGCGGCCGAUCCCUCUACCGGACGACGAGGCGACGGACCGAGCCAUCAGGGUGUUUGACAGGAGUUCGAGCCUUGACGGACACAAGGUAGGCGUCAUCUACAUCGGCGAGGGUCAGACCGAGGAGGCCGAUAUACUCGCCAAUGUGUCUGGGAGUAACGACUAUCUCGAGUUUCUCAACAACCUGGGAACCUUGACGAAGCUCAAGGGAGCCAAAUUCAACACACAGGGUCUAGACCGCGAGUACGACACGGACGGCCAGUACACGUUCUGCUGGCGGGACCGAGUGACGGAGAUUGUCUUUCACGUGACGACGCAGAUGCCAACCAACUUGGAGCGGGAUCCAAACUGCACGCUGAAGAAGAGGCACAUUGGCAACGACUUUGUUAACAUCAUCUUCAACGACUCGGGUCUUCCGUUCAAGUUUGACACGUUCCCGAGUCAGUUCAAUUUUGUGAACAUUGUCAUCACGCCAGCGUCGCGUGCCUCGUUCAUCGCGAUGCGUGAGGCGGACGCCGGCAGAGGUCAGAGCCAGAAGCAGCCGUUUUACAGGGUGCAAGUGAUGAGCAAGCCCGGGUUCCCAGAGGUAUCACCGGCCUCGGAGACCAAGAUGAUAUCGCUCAAGGCGCUUCCCGGCUUCAUACGGCUCCUCGCCCUCAACGCCUCCAUGUUUUCGGUGGUAUGGCACAACCGAGAGGGCGGGGAGCACAUCAGCUCUUGGAGUGCCAGGCUUCGGGAGAUCAAACGACUGCGCGACAAGCACGGGCCGAAAGCAACGACCCGGGCUUCGUCUCCGCCGACAUCGUCGUGGCUCGGCGGGGCCGCGCAGGCUCCACAGACGGAGGCCCCGCGGCCCGGCAGCAGCGUGAGGGAUAGCUUCGGCAGCUUGCGCCGGACGAGCGUGGCUACGUUCUUUACGAGCACAAGCGAGCAGACGUCUCACCGGUCGUCGAUGCUGUCCACGUCGGCCACGUCAAACGACACGGAGCUACCACCGACGACGGGCGUGAACCCCUUGGUGGAGUCUGUCGACUUUUCCAAGUGGGCAUGA